AUGGAUGUUUGGUCAAAGAAGUAUCCUGUUGCUGGAUGGGAAGCGGCAAUUGUUAUUGAAUACCUCAUGAGGUUUUGCCUUGCAGAUGUCUCUGGCUCCGAGGCUGUUCUCUUCCUGUACUGUCGACACAACGAAGCCUGGAAUAUAUCGAAUUAUUUGGGGUCCCUGAUUAGCCAGGUGCUCACAAUGUACAGACACCUUCCGUCGGUUACAGAGGAUGUCCAUAACUUGUAUGAUGUGCAUCGAACACAACGAAGCAGACCUUCAAAGACCGAGUUAGUCACAAUACUUUACACUAUGCUAAUCUGUUUCAAAAAUGGUCGACUUUUACUGGAUGGUCUGGACGAGUUGCCGGAUCGUGAACAGAUUGAACUCAUGUCUAUUUUCCGAGGCCUUCCGGUUUCAUUAUUGGUCACAUCACGAAAGAUUGGUUUCGAGGUAUUUGAUUUUCCACAGGACACUAUACACAUGAACAUAGGGGACCAAAAUCAUGAGGAUAUUCGCCUAUUUCUCCACGAUGCCAUACCACGGACGGCUAGUGUUUCUCGGAUACUGCGAAGAAACAAGGGAUUUCUGGAGGAAAUAUGCGAUAAGAUCUUGACUAUAUCUAGCGGAAUGUUCCUACUUGCAACACUGAAGUCACAGUCCUUACAGGGGUACACCACCAUGACAAGCUUAUCAAAUAGUUUAGAUGGACUGCCCGACGAUGUACAAUCAAUGUAUCUCUCCCUUAUGGGCAGGAUUAAUUCCCAAAAGGGGGAAUACCCGUCCUUUGCGAAACGCGCCAUUACUUGGAUCAUGUACGCUCGUCGCCCAUUAACCAUAGCUGAGCUCGAACAUGCACUUGCUAUGCGGGAGGAAGGGAGCACAUUCAAUGACAGAGACAUUCCUGCCCAAGAUACGCUUAUCACUUCGUCCUGUGGGCUCAUUGAAAUUCAGCCAAUAAGUCAAACUGUGCGCCUUGUCCAUCAUACAGCAUACGAGUUUUUGAAUGAUCACCCUGAGAAUCUGAUCCAGUCACCACACGCGUUUAUUGCAAAGACAUGCAUUUCCUACCUGACUGCUUUCCACUUUACCACACUGGAAAAGUUGCCAUAUGCUGCCUUUGAAGCUCUGGUAAAAUCUCACAAUGCUCCUUUACUCGAGUAUGCGUAUCAGAAUUGGACGGUUCACAUCGGCAACUGUGAUGCAGAAUCAUAUCCCACUGAGGCUGUGCAUAAUUUUGUGGUCCAAACUCCCAAUUUUCCGCUGUUUGACCCUCGGAUUGGGUUCAAUUGGUUCAAUCCAGGCCACGUCAUUGCAUACUACGAUCUCCGGGUGCCGUUCUUCUGGGAUGACUUUUGCAACGUUCGGACAGCCAAGAAGUACACUCCUCUCACAAUCGCUGCUUUGAAUGGGUGCACCCACAUAGGACAGUUGUAUAAUUACGUACCUUACGAUAUAUUUAAAAAUGAUGAAUUAACGUAA